AUGACAUCCUGGGAUUUCCCCGGAAUGGACUUCGAUGACAUGGCUGCGCUUUCUGCUUGGGCUUUUCCACAUCUACCUCUUAACGAAAACGACGAGUUCAUUCUCGAAGCUCCGAAAGAAGAUAAAGAAGAAGAAUUGACUCCACAGGACGACAUGUAUGAUGCAGAAGACGAAGGUUCCGAUUCCGAUGAGGAAGAUGCAACCAUGGACAAAAAACUCCAUCAUCUCACUCGCCGAAUCCAGCAAAUUGAAGCACAAGGAGAAGCACCAACUCACUUUGAGUUUCCCCGCCCUUCAUUGGAUAUCGAAGCUGCGCUUGCGCAAGUCGAUGCACGAAUCCAGCAAAUCAAAGAACAAGGAGAAGUAGAAGCACCAAUUCACUUUGUGUUUUCCCUCCCCUCAUUGGAUUUCGAAGCAGCUCUUGCGCAAAUCAAUGCACGAAUCAGCCGGCUCGAGGAAGAACGCCAACGAGAAGAAGAGCUCGAGGAACGACAACAUUAUCAACACAGUCAAGCAAACGAUAACGAAAUCACCAACUCUUUAAGCAAUUGCCAAGACUCCUCACCAAGAACUCCCCUCGAAGAAAAUCCACAGACUUCUUCUUUCUCAGCUCCAGCUCCAUUCACCCUCUCAGCAGCCCCACCCCAACCCGACAUCCUCGCCAUCCUCGACCCCUCCACCAUCUCGCAAUCCAGCGGUUUCGAAACCAUGGACUGCGAAUCCGAGCCCAACGCCCUCCCCAACUUCGAAAGCAUGGACAUUUCCUCGCUGGCAACCGACUACCUCACAACCCCCUCGUUCCACCCCAGCCACGUAUUCUCCUGCGACACGCAGGAACCCUCCGUCUUCAUUCUCGAACCACACUGGUUCCACGACACCGCAACUCACACUUGUUGGUGCCACCGCUGUGAUCGGUAUCGGGAGUGGCAAGCUACUGGUACUUCGCAGUUGGAGGCGCAUGAUUUCGAUUUGUGGUGUCUGUGUCCUUCUUGCAUGGAGACAUGGCAUGCGGCGUUGGGCGAAGAUGAUUGGUGUAAUUGUGGGGAUUGUGUGAAUGCUGGUAUUGAUGCAGGAUUGAGGAAUCAAACCUUGUCGCCACAGUCUUCGAGAGAGGACUCUCGAGUUUCAGAUCAAGUCAUGAUUGCAUCGCCGUCGCAGAAGUCACCGUUAGACCCUCUCUGUGAAAAUUCGGAUGCGGUUGUGCUUGAAGAAGAAGAAGAAGAAGCAUCGACAAUAAAUGUUUGGUCCUCGGAAUUGUUCACUCAGGUUCGUGAGAAUUUGUGGGUGGUUUCUGACUCUGGUUCUAUCUCUGGUUCUGAUUCUGGUUCUAAUUGGGAGUAG